AUAAGAUUACAAUUUGCCCACAAAUCAAGAGAGUAACUACUAAGAAUUUGCUUUAUGAAAAAAAAAAUCACACUUUUGAGUUACCAACAAUUCUACAGAAUGAUAGGUGUAUCUGCUAUGGAGACAGUUUCACCCUUUCUAACAUUGGGAGAUGUCUACCCCAGAGGUGUUCAGGCUCGGGACAGGACUUCUGUGGCGGACCAGGGGAGGCCAUCGUGUACCAGACGGUUCCUGAUCAGUUUUCCGGUGUUGGAGAAUGCCUGGCAUCCGGUUACAGGGGAGAAUACAACUACACCGGGGCCCAGUUCCACCUGUUCAAUCAAGGUGUUGUUUUACCUUGUGACAAUAAGGAAUUGGGGUACAUAUAUCGGACAGUAUUGGGGUUUCCACAGAUCCAUCAUCUGUUUGUGUACACUCUACCCGUGGACUCUUGGCAAAAUGCAGUUCUAAGCAGCUACCAGACAGCCGUUGGUAUUCUAGAGUUCGUUAAUUUCCUUCUCGCCAAACAGUCUCUAGCUACACCCAUUGUAGGCGAUAAAUACUGGGUCGGACUUUUUCGAAGACAUCAAGUGAAGUUUGGUUCUGAAUUGCCCUUGUCUAGGGAUGUUUCUUGUGUUGCUGGGAAAAUAAACAUCAAUGGAACAAUGACCACAGUACUACGUUCUUGUACGGAUCAACUGAGGGUUUUGUGUGAGCCCAAUGGUGUUGAUGUCACUCAUGAUGCGACUACAUCGUCUACAGUAACAGCGCAAUCUGGAAAUAAUAAUGCAACUAAAACCAACCAUAAAAUCACAAAUUUGGGAAUAGAAGAUGCCGAGCAGUUCCUUGGGACCACUGUAUGGUACAUCGUCCUAGGAGUAUUAUCCUUCGUACUAUUGGUGGUCAUAAUCAUUACCAUUGUCUGGUCCUUAAAACUCAAAAAACGAAAAGCCAAUAUACCUGUGGAAAGCACUCCCAACAAUUACACGGACUUCCGAAGCAUGCUUGAAAGGAACACAAAUCGUGAAAACGCCACAAGCUCAAGAGAAGAACUGUAUUUAACAAUACCGGAACAGGAAAUGGCUGCGGACCCAAUGGAGAACAGGCCUCGUUUAUCACUUCCGGAAAGAGAAUUAACUUCAGAAUUUCACGGUGCAAGACCAUUUAAUGAGAAUAAAUAUAAUGAAAUUGAGGGUGAGUAUAGCGACAUCAAAGAUGGGAAUCAAAGCUCUAGCGGUAGUUUAUCGGAUGAAUUACUUAGCGAGGCUAACAGAGCAGACAAUGAAACGGCAGAUGGACAGUAUUUUCUUUUGGAGAAAAAUCUGAAUGAUUUUGAACAAGAUAAAAGUAACAAGGCCAACGGAGUUAAAGCAGACAAUGAUGUAGGUGACUUGUACUAUGAAGUUGAAAAUGUAGACACUGGGUUAAGCACAGUUAUAUAUCAUGGACUGGAGAAGGAAGGAGUAAAUGAUUCUACGAAUAUUGAUGGCGAUUUGGGCAUGCCUGAUGUGAUUAAUAAUGUUUAUCAUGAAUUAGAGAGACCUACGGAAACAUGUAAGCUGAAUUUAAGUAAAAAGGUGUCGUUCUCUCAAAAUACAACUGACCUUCCUAACAGAAAUAACUUGAUAUAUGAAAAAGUGUGGGACAAUGGAUACAAGCAACAUAAAACGAAAAGUAUGAAAACGAGAACUGAAGGAGAUGACAGACAAGCUCACAUCAAAUUGAAAUCCUGUGUCUCGGCACCAAUAACGAAAUCUACUCGCCCAAAAAAGUCUUUGAAAUUAAGAAAGAAGGACUCUGAACGACGGAACGUGAUUAGAAACAGGGUGAGAAUUAGUGGUCUUCCUGAAGUCUCGGCUCCAAGAAAUUCGACAUAUGACAUGCUGAAACACUCAACGAAAGUCUCUGGGGCUCGUGCACCAGACGCUGGUCUCGAAGACUACGAUACGAUGGCAAGUGUUCGAGCCUUCCUAGAAGAACCUCCUUCCUCCUGUGAAAAUUGAAAAGUGUGUUUUUGUAGACAUUGAUCUUUAAUGAGUUUUUAAAUACUUUCCAGAUUCAUGAGCGUCAAAGUAGCUCAAGCUGUCGCUGCAAUAUAGUUUACAUAAAAAGUUUGAAUUUGUUCAUGUCCAUAUUACGGUUCAAAACAUUGUAUUUGUUCAUAGGAAUAAAUUAGAUUUAGUGUCGUUUUUUGAAUGUUAGAAAAACCUACUUGGUAUUUCUCUUUUUUUUCUUUCAUAAAAAGGUUUUAAGGGUUUGAUUUUUUAUUGUUCGGAAAAUAUUCUAAUCAACCACAUUAAUUAAAGAGGACCUACCUUGUUGUUAAUACGCUAAUUAAGGUUCUGUGUGUAAUAAUUACGCAAUACAUUCCUUUGAAUUCAGAAUUUUUUUUCCAUUUUGUUUUGGAAAUAAGAUUAAUCAUCAAUUUUGAUUAUUUUCUGUCAUUAAAAUCACCUGAGGAUGAGGAAUAACAAUGAUAUGAUAUCUAUGAUUAAUUACAAAGUGUUACAUUAUGGUUUCAGAAAUUGCAAUAAAUCAGUGAACAAUCUUGUUGU